AUGACCUCCCAAAAAUUUGAUAUAAAGCGACUGCUGCCGUUGACGGAGGGAUUGCCGGGGAUAGUGGGUAUUGGGGGGGUUGUUGGGCCAGUGGGAUACAGUACGGACACACCAAGCACCGAUAUGCCACCAGUUUCUGCAUCGAAAGCGAAGAGAGAAGCGAAGAAGGCCGAGAAGGAGGCCGCUAAGGCCGCGAAGGGCACCGCGGAUGCCGAUGGGAAAAAGACUUCGCGGUUUGCGUCGAAGAAAAACGGCCCCAAGGCUGUUGAGCAGCUGACUGAUGAGGAGAUUGCCGCGAGGGAGAUUGCCAAUUUGAAGUUGCAGCAGGAUAAGGAGGGGCUUUCCGACAGAGUGACCACUGGUGUGCUUGCGUCGUUAGAGACUUCGCGGGACGUUAAGUUGACCUCUGUGUCGCUGCUGUUCCAUGGUAAAGUGCUUAUCCAGGACUCGACGCUCGAGCUGAACUACGGGAGACGUUACGGUUUACUCGGGGAGAACGGGUGUGGGAAGUCCACUUUCUUGAAGGCGCUUGCCACGAGGGAGUACCCGAUUCCAGAGCACAUCGAUAUUUACCUGUUGGAUGAGCCAGCUGAGCCAUCAGAGUGGUCCGCGUUGGAGUACGUUGUGCGUGAGGCGCAGGCAGAAUUGAAGAGGCUAGAGGACCUUGUUGAAAAGUACAUCAUUGAGGAGGGACCCGAAUGCCCACUUCUAGAUCCAAUCUAUGAGCGGAUGGACUCGCUGGACCCGGACACGUUCGAGUCCCGUGCAGCGGUCAUCUUGAUCGGUCUUGGGUUCAACAGUAAAACCAUUUUGAAGAAGACUAAGGACAUGUCCGGUGGGUGGAAGAUGCGUGUCGCUUUGGCAAAGGCUCUUUUCGUCAAGCCAACUCUGCUGUUGUUGGAUGACCCAACUGCACAUUUGGAUUUGGAGGCCUGUGUCUGGCUGGAGGAGUACUUGAAGCGGUUCGACAGGACGCUGGUCCUCGUGUCGCACUCGCAGGAUUUCUUGAACGGGGUCUGUUCCAACAUGAUCGACAUGCGUGAGCAGAGACUCUUGGCCUACGGUGGUAACUACGAUUCGUACGUCAAGACGAGAUCGGAACAGGAAACCAACCAGAUGAAGCAGUACGCUAAGCAACAGGAGGAAAUCGCACAUAUCAAGAAGUUCAUCGCCUCUGCAGGUACGUACGCGAACUUGGUCAGACAGGCCAAGUCACGUCAAAAGAUUCUGGAUAAGAUGGAAGCGGAUGGGCUCAUCAAGCCAGUCGCCCACGAACGUGUGUUUACCUUCAGAUUCCCAGAGGUCGAGAGAUUGCCACCUCCAGUGCUUGCCUUCGACAACAUAUCGUUUGCAUACGACGGGAAGAAAGAACACAACCUGUACGAAAAUUUGGACUUCGGUGUUGACAUGGACUCCAGAAUCGCCCUUGUCGGGCCUAACGGUGUUGGGAAAUCCACGCUACUGAAGAUUAUGACCGGGGAAUUGAUGGCACAGACUGGGCGUGUCUCCAGACACACUCACGUCAAGCUUGGUGUCUACUCGCAACAUUCUCAGGAUCAACUGGACUUGACGAAAUCCGCUCUGGAGUUCGUUAGAGACAAGUACUCAAACAUCUCGCAGGACUUCCAGUACUGGAGAGGCCAACUGGGUCGUUUCGGGUUGACCGGUGAGGGUCAGACAGUGCAGAUGGGUACGCUAUCCGAGGGCCAACGGUCGCGUGUUGUGUUUGCCCUGCUGGCACUAGAACAACCAAACGUGCUACUGCUGGAUGAACCUACCAACGGUCUAGAUAUCCCCACGAUCGACUCGCUUGCGGACGCUAUCAACGCGUUCAACGGUGGUGUUGUCGUUGUCUCGCACGAUUUCAGACUACUGGACAAGAUCGCAAAGGAUAUCUACGUCGUCGAGCACAAGACUGCCACGAGAUGGAACGGGUCUAUCCUCGAGUACAAGAACAAACUGGCAAAGAAUGUCGUGUUGUGA